GGGCUCCUGGAUUUGGGCUGGGAAUGCGGGAGAAGGGGCCCAGACCCAGCUGAAGACACCUUUUCAUGUUGGGACCCCAAGAGCCAGCCCUCCAUCUGGCCAGAGGAACACUGGGUUGUGGCAUUUCUCCAGCUGCUCCCCGGGGGUUGAGAGGAACCCUCGCCUCUGGCCUUGCCUCUGACCCCAGUGGGGGGUGCUCAGCCCAGGCCUGCCCCAGCGUUCAAGAGUCAGGGGCAGUAAAUCUUUAACUUGACACAUUGAUCAUUAACAGGGUAGGAAGGAGUCCAAGCUCAGCCUCACUUUGAGGGCAGAGACCAGCUGGGCCUAGGGCCUCCUGCAGAGAUGCUGGUCCCCCGAGUCUGGUCCUCUGUGAGGCAAGGGCUGAGUAGAGGCUUGUCCAGGAACGUGGGUGGGUGGGCGUCAGGGGAGGGGAGGAAGGUGGACAUUGCAGGCAUCUACCCCCCAGUGACCACCCCCUUCACUGCCACUGCAGAGGUGGACUAUGGGAAACUGAAGGAGAAUCUGCACAAACUGGGCACCUUCCCCUUCAAAGGCUUCGUGGUCCAGGGCUCCAAUGGUGAGUUCCCCUUCCUGACGAGCAGUGAGCGCCUGGAGAUGGUGAGCCGUGCGCGCCAGGCCGUGCCCAAGGACAAGCUCCUGAUUGCUGGCUCCGGCUGCGAGUCCACUCAAGCCACAGUGGAGAUGACCGUGAGCAUGGCCCAGGUUGGGGCUGAUGCUGUCAUGGUGGUGACCCCUUGCUACUAUCGUGGCCGCAUGAGCAGUGCUGCCCUCAUUCACCACUACACCAAGGUUGCUGACCUCUCCCCCAUCCCUGUGGUGUUGUACAGUGUCCCGGCCAACACAGGGCUGGACUUGCCUGUGGAUGCGGUAGUCACGCUGUCCCAGCACCCAAAUAUUGUGGGCAUCAAGGACAGCGCUGGUGAUGUGACCAGGAUCGGGCUGAUUGUUCACAAGACCAGGAAACAGGAUUUCCAGGUGUUGGCUGGAUCAGCUGGCUUCCUGCUUGCCAGCUAUGCCUUGGGAGCUGUGGGGGGUGUGUGUGCCCUGGCCAAUGUCCUGGGGGCCCAGGUGUGCCAGCUGGAGCAACUCUGCCUCACAGGGCAAUGGGAAGAUGCCCAGAAGCUGCAGCACCGACUCAUUGAGCCAAACACUGCGGUGACCCAGCGCUUUGGGAUCCCAGGGCUGAAGAAAACCAUGGAUUGGCUUGGCUACUACGGAGGCCCCUGCCGUGCCCCACUGCAGGAGCUGAGCCCCGCUGAGGAGGAGGCGCUGCGCAUGGAUUUCACCAACAAUGGCUGGCUCUGAGAGCGAAGCGGGGAUAGGCUCGGCCUGAUUCCAUCCCAGCCUCCAGCCUUGUACCUGCCACCUGAAGAGAAG